CGGGGAGCUGCGCGGGCGCCUGGCGGCUGGGAGGGAGAGGGCGGGCUCCAAACACCGGACCGUGGGCCAGGAGCGCGCAGGCCGCGCUCCGCCGCUCUGCCGCCGCUGCCCGGGGAGCUGCCUCGCCGCCACAGAGGCCAGUGUCCAGGCAGUGAGGCCCAGCUGGUAUGACCGGACUCAAGGCGGUGCACUUUGACUGAUAACCAGGCCUGUGGACCUUGUAGGAGCCAGUGAGUUCCAAUGGGCUGCUGUUACUUUAAAAAGGAGACAGCUGGCAGCAGGCGGUAACAGUAGGAUUCAUCUGCCCUCGGCUCCUAAGGAACAACUGUGGGACCAAGAGCAGAGGCUGCAACCUAACAUUGCUGCCUUUGAGUACCUGCAAAUGAUGUUCAUUGUCAUUGGUAUGCAACAUCUUCCGGGCUGAUCCAUGGUCACUCUCCGGGAUGGCAACAAGGUGACUUAGCUGAGGAUGACCUUGACUGAAAGGCUGCGUGAGAAGAUAUCUCAGGCCUUCUACCACCAUGGGCUGCUCUGUGCAUCCUAUCCCAUCCCCAUCAUCCUCUUCACAGGCCUCUGCAUCUUAGCCUGCUGCUACCCUCUGCUGAAGCUCCCCUUGCCUGGAACGGGACCCGUGGAAUUCUCUACUCCUGUGAAGGAUUACUCACCCCCGCCUGUGGACUCUGACCACAAACAAGGAGAGCCCAGUGAGCAGCCAGAGUGGUAUGUGGGUGCCCCAGUGGCAUACAUCCAACAGAUAUUUGUGAAGUCAUCGGUGUCUCCCUGGCACAAAAAUCUUCUGGCGGUAGAUGUGUUCCGAUCACCACUGUCCCGGGCGUUCCAACUGGUGGACGAAAUCCGGAACCACGUGCUGAGAGACAGCUCAGGGACCAAGAGCCUGGAGGAAGUUUGCCUUCAGGUGACAGACUUGCUGCCAGGCCUCAGGAAACUCCGGAACCUACUUCCGGAACAUGGCUGCCUGCUGUUGUCCCCUGGGAACUUCUGGCAGAAUGACUGGGAGCGGUUCCACGCUGACCCUGACAUCAUCGGGACCAUUCAUCAGCACGAGCCCAAAACUCUGCAGACAUCAGCGACACUCAAAGACUUGCUGUUUGGUGUUCCUGGGAAGUACAGUGGGGUGAGCCUCUACACAAGGAAGAGGAUGGUCUCAUAUACCAUCACCCUGGUCUUCCAGCGCUACCAUGCCAAGUUUCUGAGCAGCCUACGCACCCGACUCAUGCUCCUGCACCCCAGCCCCAACUGCAGCCUGCGAGCAGAGAACCUGGUCCACGUGCACUUCAAAGAGGAGAUCGGCAUUGCGGAGCUCAUCCCCCUCGUGACCACCUAUAUUAUCCUGUUUGCUUACAUCUACUUCUCUACACGCAAGAUCGACAUGGUCAAGUCCAAGUGGGGCCUCGCCCUGGCAGCUGUGGUUACGGUGCUUAGCUCCCUGCUCAUGUCUGUGGGGCUCUGCACUCUCUUCGGCCUGACGCCCACACUCAAUGGCGGUGAGAUUUUCCCGUACCUGGUGGUGGUUAUUGGCUUAGAGAAUGUGUUGGUGCUCACCAAGUCAGUGGUAUCAACCCCAGUGGACCUCGAGGUGAAGCUUCGGAUUGCACAAGGCUUAAGCAGUGAGAGCUGGUCCAUCAUGAAGAACAUGGCAACUGAACUAGGCAUCAUCCUCAUUGGCUACUUCACCCUUGUGCCCGCCAUCCAAGGAUCCUGCUGUCCAGGCUUGCAGCCAUGUAGCCACAAUGCCUCUGGUGUGUGCUCAUUCCAGGAGUUCUGCCUCUUCGCUGUUGUGGGCCUGGUGUCUGACUUCUUCCUCCAGAUGCUGUUUUUCACCACUGUCCUGUCAAUCGACAUUAGGCGGAUGGAGCUAGCGGACCUGAACAAGCGCCUGCCCCCUGAAUCCUGCCUGCCCUCGGCCAAGCCUGUGGGAAGGCCAGCACGCUAUGAGAGACAGCUAGCUGUACGGCCAACCACACCACACACCAUCACACUGCAGCCAUCUUCCUUCCGAAACCUGCGGCUCCCCAAAAGACUGCGUGUCAUCUAUUUCCUGGCCCGUACCCGCCUGGCACAGCGCCUCAUCAUGGCUGGUACCGUUGUUUGGAUUGGCAUCCUGGUGUACACAGACCCAGCAGGGCUGCGCACCUACCUCGCUGCCCAGGUGACAGAACAGAGCCCACUGGGUGAGGGUUCCCUGGGCCCCAUGCCUGUGCCUAGCGGAGUGCUGCCUGCCAGCCACCCGGACCCUGCCUUCUCCAUCUUCCCACCUGACGCUCCUAAACCACCAGAGAACCAGACAUUGCCAGGUGAGCUGCCUGAGCAUGCCGUUCCAGCAGAGGGUGGCCAUGACAACCGAGCCCCAGAGGUAACUUGGGGGCCUGAGGAUGAGGAGCUGUGGAGGAAAUUGUCCUUCCGCCACUGGCCCACACUCUUCAACUACUACAACAUCACACUGGCCAAAAGGUACAUCAGCCUGCUCCCUGUCAUACCUGUCACCCUGCACCUGAAUCCACGGGAGGCCCUGGAGGGGCGGCACCCUCAGGAUGGUCGCAGUGCCUGGGCCCCACCUGAACCUUUGCCUGCUGGCCUUUGGGAGGCUGGACCCAAGGGACCAGGUGGAACACAAGCCCAUGGUGACGUUACCUUAUACAAGGUGGCCGCACUUGGCCUGGCAGCGGGCAUCGUCCUCGUGCUGCUGUUGCUCUGCCUCUACCGGGUGCUCUGCCCGCGGAACUAUGGGCAGCCCGGUGGUGGUCCGGGCAGGCGGAGGCGUGGAGAGCUGCCCUGCGAUGACUAUGGCUACGCGCCGCCUGAGACGGAGAUCGUGCCGCUGGUGCUGCGAGGGCACCUCAUGGACAUCGAGUGUCUGGCUAGCGAUGGGAUGCUGCUGGUGAGCUGCUGCCUGGCAGGCCAAGUCUGCGUGUGGGACGCACAGACCGGGGACUGCCUCACGCGCAUCCCGCGCCCAGGGCCACGCCGGGACAGCUGCGGAGGCGGAGCUUUUGAAGCUCAGGAAAACUGGGAAAGGUUGUCCGAUGGCGGCAGAACUUGCUCCGAGGAGCCUGGGGACAGCCCUCUGCUGCGACACCGCCCCCGAGGACCUCCACUGCCUUCCCUCUUCGGGGACCAGCCAGAUCUCACUUGCUUAAUCGACACCAACUUCUCGGUGCAGCUGCCCCCGGAGCCCACUCAGCCCGAACCUCGGCACCGGGCAGGCUGUGGCCGCUCUAGGGACUCUGGUUAUGACUUCAGCCGUCUGGUGCAGCGUGUGUACCAGGAGGAGGGCCUGGCUGCUGUGCACAUGUCGGCCCUGCGCCCACCCUCUCCGGGAUCCCCGCUGCCCCAGGCUUCUCAAGAAGAGGGGGUUGCACCCGAGAAGGGCUCCCCUCUUCUGGCCUGGGCCACCAGCACAGCCGGCUCUAUCUGGAGCUUGGAGCUGCAAGGCAACCUCAUCGUGGUUGGGCGGAGCAGCGGCCGGCUGGAGGUGUGGGACGCCAUUGAAGGGGUGCUCUGCUGCAGCAGCGAGGAGGUCUCCUCAGGCAUCACAGCCCUUGUCUUCCUGGACAGGAGGAUUGUAGCUGCUCGGCUUAACGGUUCCCUUGAUUUCUUUUCCUUGGAGACCCACACAUCCCUCAGUCCCCUUCAGUUCAGAGGGACCCCAGGGCGAGGCAGUUCUCCUUCCUCAUCUGUGUACAGCAGCAGCAACGCAGUGGCCUGUCAUCUGACCCACACAGUGCCGUGUGCACACCAAAAACCCAUCACAGCCCUGAGAGCUGCUGCCGGGCGCCUGGUGACAGGGAGCCAGGACCAUACUCUAAGAGUCUUCCGACUGGAGGAUUCGUGUUGCCUUUUUACCCUGCAGGGCCACUCAGGGGCAAUCACAACUGUAUACAUUGACCAGACCAUGGUUCUGGCCAGUGGAGGACAAGAUGGAGCCAUCUGCCUGUGGGAUGUACUAACAGGUAGCAGGGUCAGCCAUACAUUUGCUCACCGUGGAGAUGUCACUUCCCUGACCUGUACCACUUCCUGUGUCAUUAGUAGUGGCUUGGAUGACCUCAUCAAUAUCUGGGACCGCAGCACGGGCAUCAAGCUUUACUCCAUUCAGCAGGACCUGGGCUGUGGUGCAAGCUUAGGGGUCAUCUCAGACAACCUUCUGGUGACUGGUGGCCAAGGCUGUGUCUCGUUUUGGGACCUAAACUACGGGGACCUGUUACAAACAGUCUACUUGGGCAAGAACAGUGAGGCCCAGCCUGCCCGGCAGAUUCUGGUGCUGGAUAACGCUGCCAUUGUUUGCAACUUUGGCAGUGAGCUCAGCCUAGUGUACGUGCCCUCUGUGCUAGAGAAACUGGACUGAGGGCAGGCCGACUACACAACCCCUUUGCCCCCACCCAAAGUGGGUCACUGGGGGCAGAAACUCUUUGGACCUAGAGUGGAGGCAAGCGCUAGGCAUCUUCUUUGCAGCUGACUCUGAAGUAUUGUCUCCAGAUUGUAAUAUUAAACUUUUUUAAAAACUA